UCAAAACCUUAUCGUCAUUUUAUUAUUAAUCAAUAUUUAAUAAACAUCGUUUUGGUAUGUUGAUAUCGAGUAAUAUUUUAUCAAAAAGGCUAUACAAUUGGUGUUUAAAAGUGAAUACUUGUCGAUUCAAAGGCACAAUGAACGACACACUGUUGAAAUCGGUAAAGGCUUGCAUACCAAAGUUAGAUGGUGGUAAACACAAGGGUCAAGCCGGUAGGAUAGGAAUAGUUGGAGGAUCCUUAGAAUACACGGGAGCGCCAUAUUUUGCUGGGAUAAGUGCUUUGAAAGUUGGAGCUGAUUUGGUGCACAUAUUUUGUGCAUCUUCAGCAGCAAGCGUCAUUAAGUCAUACAGCCCAGAACUAAUAGUACAUCCAUUACUGGAUCACUGUAAUGCUACUGCACAAAUUUCUCCAUGGCUGGAAAGACUUCAUGCCUUAGUCAUCGGUCCAGGGCUAGGACGAGAGACGGAAACCUUCAAUGUUGUGUCAGAUUUGAUAAACAUUAUAAAAGAGAAGAAAAUACCCUUAGUUAUUGAUGCAGAUGGACUGUUUCUAGUAACUAGCAAACCGGAAGUUAUUAAAGAUUUCUCAUCACCUGUUAUAUUGACUCCUAAUAAAAUAGAAUUUGAAAGGCUAUGUAGCAGCCUCGGUGGGGCUUCAGAGUUACGAACCCUUGGAGAAAACGUAACAGUUUUCAGGAAAGGAGAAGAGGAUCAAGUAUAUUCUUCACUUCCGGAAGCAGAGUGGAAGUCAAAUGUCUAUGGAUCGAACCGAAGAUGUGGUGGACAAGGGGAUAUUUUAUCAGGAUCUAUUGCUACAUUUUUAAACUGGACUUUGAGUAAUAAGGAUAAGAUUGAGAUUGGUUUGGCUGCUGAUCCUCGGACAGCAGCAUCCUUGGCCUGCUAUUCAGCAUCAAUUCUUGUAAGGUUAUGUAAUGAGAAGGCUUUCAAAGUCAAAGGCAGAAGUAUGCUGGCUGGUGAUAUGACUGAGUACAUCCAUGAAUCUUUUGAAGAGUUAUAUGGACAAUAAUAUUUUAGGAAUGCAAGUACAGUUGACGUUAAAAAUAUGUUUACACUUUUCGCCUUAUUACAAAGGAGUAAGGUGCAAAAAUGUAAACAUAUCUUUGAC